CUUAGGUAAGAAAAUAGAAAUAAACAUUAAUUUGACAAGAAAAAUCUACAUUUUUUAAAAUUCUACCUUUGCAAAAUUUAUAACUUUUAUAAAUCAAAAUUUAUAAAAAGAUAUUCGGCUUUUCGAUUACAAUAUAAAACUAUUGAAUAAUGGAUGCUCAGAAGGAUUGGCAAAAUGAUUGUCCUGAUAUCAAAUCAAGAGGGAAAAUAAUAUUUGAGACGGAACAAUGGUCUGAUUGCAGAUUUUUGGUAGGUACAGAACCAAAUCAAGAAUUUUUUUCAGGACAUAAAUUGAUACUAGCCAUGGCUUCUCCUGUUUUUGAAAGAAUGUUUUAUGGGAACCUACCGGAUAAAACAGAUCCUAUAUUAAUUCCUGAUGUGGCUCCUGAUGCAUUUCGUGGAAUGAUGGAAUACAUAUACACUGAUAAAAUAAAAAUUGAUUCUUUCGAGAAAGCAUGUGAAUUGUGUUAUGUUGCAAAAAAAUAUAUUUUACCACAUGUUGUAAAGCAGUGCACAAGCUAUUUAUUUCAGGAUUUAAAUCCGACAAAUGUUUGUAGAGCUUAUGAGUUCGCAAAAUUAUUUGAGGAACCUAGUUUGAAACAUAGAUGUUUACAAAUAAUUUCACGGCGUACAAAAGAAAUUUUAGCUGACGAAAGUUUUAUGGAAGUUGAACUAUCAACUCUUUUAGCAAUUUUCAGUUUAGACCAAUUAAACAUAGAAUCAGAAUUAGAUUUAUUUAAAGCACUAAAUGAUUAUGCUAUUAAACACGGUUAUGUAUCUGCAUCAAAGAAAAAUGAUGAUAACUCCAACCAACCAGGACCAUCGGGAGUUGUUCCAAUGGAACCGCAUAUUGACAUUGAAGAUAUACAGGAUAAUCUUCAUACAAAUAUGCACGACAAUGAUGUUGAAAUUAUUCCUAGUGAUGAUUCAGCUGCUGGAAGUGUAGGAGUUCCUACACCUUCCCCGGGGCUGAUAUCUACUGUUUCAACUGAAGCACAUAGUCCUGCCGCGUCAUUUGUUAACGAAAAUAAUCAGGCUAAUAUGAUAACUGGAGAAGGACCUUCAAAGCCCUCUCAGGAACAACAAGCAUAUCCAGCUGAAGUUCAAGAGAUAUUACCAAAACGUAGUGUUACCGAUUUAAAAGAUGCUAUAAGAAAAAUUAGAUUUUUAACGUUGAGUCCGCAACAAUUUUCAGAAAUACCAGCCAAAUCAGAACUUCUGAGUGAAUCCGAAGCAUUGGCAAUAUUUAUUAUUAUAUCUAAUCCUAUGAACUCAUAUCCAAUGCCGGAAGGCUUUUGUACUUCAAGAGUCCGCAGAAGUUUGUUUAAUAUGAGAAAUGAAGAACCACAUGCCUUUCGUGAGCGCGACAUGGAUCCAUUUUUUUCACCCCCUGUACAAGAAGGAAGACCUCAAUGUAUAAUGGCGCUGCAUCUAUUUAAUAAUUAUGAAUAUGAACCAGAGGUUAUGAAUCCUGCAACAGAAACAAGAAAAUUUUACUGUAUACGCACAAUUAGGCAGCAAAUUGAUUACAGAAAUACAAGUGUGACAGAUUGCGCCAUGACUUUUCAUGUAGAUACUAAUAUACUGAUUACAGGUUUUCAAGUUCCUACACAAGUGUUGAUGGACUCUACUGGAUUUACACAAAAAUAUGCUGAAUGCUUAUACGCUCAUUUAUUGGACGCACAGGGGUCUCGGUUGGCGUAUACUCACUUAACAUCACGUGUUCGAUAUGAAUCUCUUUUAGAUAUAUCUUUCGACCGCCCAGUUUUUAUACAUAGGAAUAAAAUGUACAAAAUUGGAAUUGUUUUUAGUAAAGUUGGGUGGUAUCCUAUGUACACAUGUUAUCCAGAGGUUACGUGUGAUAACGUUCAUUUCAUGUUUAAUAUUGGAGCUCCACAUGAAUCAUUGAGAGAUGGAUUAAUACGUGCAAUAGUCUUCACACAUCCAGUUUCGCCUUCGACUCCAUCUAUUCCUUCUCUAAACGAUAUGCAUUGAAAAAUAUUAUUUUAAGCUUAAUUAUUGUGUGGUAGAUAUUUCAUAAAUACUUAGUGAGUGUAUUGCCGUUUCAUAGAUGUAUGUGUGUACUUUUAUUUCUAAAUACAUUAUAUUAAUAACAUACUAAUUUAUGUUACUUCGAAAUUGUAAUUUUUAUAGUUAUAAGCAAACAUUAUGAGAUAUUAAAAAAAUGAUAUUUUUUUCAUAUACAAGCUUGCAAAAGAUACAUAUAUUUUUAAAACGUUUUAUGUAAGAAAUUCCAUUAAAAUAAUU